AUGUUAAUUCCAAAGGAAGACAGAAAGAAGAUCUACCAACACUUGUUCCAAGAAGGUGUCUUGGUUGCCAAGAAGGACUUCAACCAACCAAAGCAUGAAGAAAUUGACACCAAGAACUUGUUUGUCAUCAAGGCUUUGCAAUCUUUGACUUCCAAGGGUUUUGUCAAGACUCAAUUCUCAUGGCAAUACUACUACUACACCUUGACUGAAGAAGGUGUAGUUUACUUGAGAGAGUACUUGAACUUGCCAGAACACAUCUUCCCAGCUACUUACUUGGCUGGUCAAUCUGGUGACCAAAGACCACAAGGUAAGAAGUACUAA